GAUGAAUGUAAAUGUUAAAGAUGGCGGCGGAUGGAGGAGGAAAGGAGAUGAACGAGAUCAAGAGUCAGUUCAGCACGCGGGAAGGUGCGUAUAAACUUCUCACGCACUCCGAAUACAGCCGACCGAACCGCGUGCCCUUCAACUCUCAGGGCUCGAACCCCGUCCGAGUCACGUUCGUCAACGUCAACGACCAGUCCGGGAACGGCGACAGAAUCUGCUUUAAUGUGGGCCGGGAGCUUUACUUCUACAUCUAUAAAGGCGUCCGGAAGGCUGCUGACUUGAGUAAGCCGAUAGACAAGAGAAUAUACAAGGGAACGCAGCCCACGUGUCAUGACUUCAACCAUCUCACCGCCACGGCCGAGAGCGUCUCGCUGCUGGUGGGUUUCUCAGCCGGGCAGGUCCAGCUCAUCGACCCCAUCAAGAAAGAGACGAGCAAACUCUUUAAUGAAGAAAGACUUAUAGAUAAAUCCAGAGUAACGUGUGUGAAGUGGGUGCCGGGCUCCGAGAGUCUCUUCCUAGUCGCUCAUUCCAGUGGAAACAUGUACCUGUAUAACGUGGAGCACACGUGCGGCACCACAGCGCCUCAUUACCAGCUGCUCAAGCAGGGCAACAACUACGCUGUUCACACCUGCAAGAGCAAGUCCACACGCAACCCCCUGCUCAAGUGGAUGGUCGGGGAGGGAGCGCUGAACGAGUUUGCCUUCUCUCCCGAUGGGAAGUUCCUGGCCUGCGUGAGUCAGGACGGUUUCCUGCGGGUCUUUAACUUUGAUGCGGUCGAACUGCACGGGACCAUGAAAAGUUACUUCGGCGGGCUUCUUUGUGUGUGUUGGAGCCCGGACGGCAAGUACAUCGUAGCAGGCGGUGAGGACGAUUUAGUGACCGUGUGGUCAUUCCUGGACUGUCGGGUGAUCGCACGUGGACACGGACACAAGUCUUGGGUUAGCGUUGUGGCGUUCGAUCACUACACAACUAGCGUGGAGGAGAGUGACCCCAUGGAGUUCAGCGGCAGCGACGAGGACUUCCAAGAUCAGAUCCACUUUGGCCGGGACCGGGCUAACAGCACGCAGUCACGCCUCUCCAAACGCAACUCGACGGACAGCAGGCCGGUGAGUGUCACGUACCGCUUCGGCUCGGUGGGGCAGGACACUCAGCUUUGCCUAUGGGACCUCACGGAGGACAUCCUCUUCCCUCACCUUCCCCUGUCCCGGACAAGGACGCACACUAACGUGAUGAAUGCCACCAGUCCGCCCGCCACAGGAAGCGGUGCCGCGGUGAUCACGAAUACUAACAACCCGAGCACCAAUGGCAGUAACAACAGUGGCGCGAGUACGCCAGGUUCCCUCCCCGUGGCGCUGCCACGCUCCAACAGCCUUCCACAUUCGGCCUCUGGCAGCGGGAACAGCAAGAGCGCCGUCUCCGAUAACCCCAUCGCCACCGGCGUGAGCAAGUUCGCCACGCUCUCGCUGCACGACCGCAAAGAUCGGCAUCCCGAAAAAGACCACAAGCGCAAUCACAGUAUGGGUCACAUAAGCAGCAAGAGCAGCGAUAAACUUAACCUUCUCACCAAAACCAAAACGGACCCCGCCAAGACCCUGGGCACGCAGCUGUGCCCUCAUAUGGAGGACGUGCCCUUGCUCGAACCGCUCAUCUGUAAAAAGAUUGCACACGAGAGACUCACAGUUCUCAUCUUUCUAGAAGACUGUAUCGUUACCGCUUGUCAAGAAGGAUUUAUUUGCACAUGGGCGAGACCCGGCAAAGUGGGUUUAUUGUCAUCACUAAAUCAAGCCAACUCUCCGAGCGGAACGGUCGUAUAGCCAAUAAGACACAAUAUUCCUGCUGCUAGGAGCCGCAUCACGCCGCGCUGCUCGUCAUCGAUUUCUCUUUAUCCGCUUGAGAUGUUCCUCGCCGGUGGAAAGGCUGUGCCGCUAAAGUGCAGUUUCUUCAGUUUUUCCCUCUUUUCCCAAGUAUUUAUUUGCAUUUUGUUGUUGUUUUCACUCUCACUUUAUGAUUUGUGUGUAUUUGAAUCUUGGUGAAGGGAAAUCUUUACUCAAGGGUGGAAUACGAGUCUGUCUUGAACUCGCUACACCGCGAGAUCUAGUGGACGAACCCGAGACUCGCUUCAUCCCGAUCCCAUUUUAAUAAAGUUUAUUUUCAUACGGAUAGAUUCGAGCCCUGAAAACUGCACUGAUGUUGAUUUGGUUUGUAACUAUAAAAGACAAAGAAAGGUUCGGGGAAGGCUUUAAUCUUCUCUUGAAAGGGGAAUCUGAAAGGCUGGAUGCUGCAAUCAUCGUUUUGAAAAGAAAAUUCAUUUGCACUUAAUAGUUUAUUAGAGAAUGGCUUUACAUUUGUGUCGAGGACUCACGGACCGGUAUAACGGAGAAUUGUGACUUUUUAUCUAUUGAGCAUUUAUUUUAAUAUUGUUUCAGAUAAAAUCUGCUUUGUAUUAUAUGUAUAAUAUUGUAAUUCAGUGAUUUAAUGGGACAAAAGCAAAUGAUCAGUACUAAAUAGUGAUAUUUCUAAAGCAGAAAAACAUAAUAAUAUUAAAAAUAAUCUUAAAUAUGCAGGUUUCUGUUUGUUUUCUUCCUGUCUCUUGUACAAAUUCAUCCAAAUGUAUUUUGAUAAGAAGAUUUAUGUAUGAGAGAUGCUAAUCUGCUAAACUCAGGAAGUUGAAAUGACAAAGAAAACAUCUGAAAGAUUCAGAAGUUCAUGUUUUAAAGUUCUUGUAUGUAACACUCAGAAAU